AUGGCAAACAAAACAGAAAUCAUAGAUGACAUACUUAAAUAUAGCAUUAUAAAUCGCUUUGCACAGAAAAAAUCCAAGAAAGCAAAUGAUAGCAUAGAUGAAGAUGAAGAAUUCUCUGAAAAGAAAUACAGAAAUGUGAGAAAGCUGGCUGGCACUUCAGCGUGCCCAGUUUGCUUUGCCAGCGCUGCUGAAAGGUGUGCAAAAAAUGGUUAUACAUCAAGAUGGUAUCAUCUUUCCUGUGGUGAACAUUUUUGCAACGAAUGCUUUGACCACUAUUACAGAAGUCACAAAGAUGGCUAUGAGACGUUUGCAUCUUGGAAACGAAUUUGGACAAGUAAUGGGAAAAGUGAACCCAGUCCUAAAGCUUUUAUGGCUGACCAGCAGCUUCCAUACUGGGUACAGUGCACAAAGCCUGAAUGUGGCAAAUGGAGGCAGCUGACAAAGGAAAUUCAGUUAACACCUCAAAUGGCAAGAACUUAUAGAUGUGGCAUGAAACCGAAUAACGUUAUCAAGGUUGAAGGGCUAGAUCCAUGCUCUAUACCUGAGGAUCUGAGAGUUUCAGAAGUACCAUCCCACUCAUGGUAUUCAAUGCUCAUUCUCCCUCCAUUGCUGAAGGACAGCCCAGCUGCUGCUUUGUUGGCGGCCUACUACCCAGACUGUGUGGGUAUGAGCCCGUCGUGUACUAGCACAAUCACUCUACUUGAUGAAGGUCCUUCUGAGAAAUCUGACCACGAUGAGGCUGAUCCGUCAAAAAUAGGAGGCAUUAAUCCAUACUUUCAGCCUUUCUACCAGCCAAAUGAAUGUGGGAAAGCACUCUGUGUGAGACCUGAUGUGAUGGAGUUAGAUGAGCUGUAUGAAUUCCCUGAAUACUCCAGGGAUCCCACUAUGUAUUUGGCCAUGAGAAAUCUUAUUCUGGCCCUAUGGCACAUAAACUGCAAAGAGGUGCUCACUCCACAGAUCUGCGCUUAUCAUAUUACAGUGCGUGGAUUGGUUCGCAUUCGAUGCGUGCAGGAGAUGGAACGAAUUCUCUACUUCAUGACCAGAAAAGGUUUGGUCAACACCGGUGUUUUGUCAGUCUCUGCUGGACAGCAUCUUCUACCCACAGAAUACAUCAGUAAAUCUGUAAUUGUUGUUGGAGCUGGACCUGCAGGACUGGCGGCAGCUCGGCAGCUACAUAACUUUGGCAUUAAGGUGAUGAUUUUAGAAGCCAGAGACAGGAUAGGAGGAAGAGUUUGGGAUGAAAAGACUUUCAAAGGAGUCACUAUUGGAAGAGGAGCCCAGAUUGUGAAUGGCUGCAUCAAUAACCCCAUAGCAAUAAUGUGUGAGCAACUUGGUAUUAAGAUGCGUAAACUCAGGGAAAAGUGUGACUUGAUUCAAAAAGGUGGAAAGCUCACAGAUCCAUCUAUAGACAAACGUAUGGACUUUCAUUUCAACGCUAUGCUCGAUGUUGUUGCUGAAUGGAGGAAAGACAAAUCCCAGCAACAAGAUGCCCCACUUGGAGAUAAAAUACAGGAAGUCUACAAAGCCUUUAUACAAGAAUCUCGUAUUAAGUUCACCGAGGUUGAGGAGAAAGUCUUGCAGUUCCACCUCAGUAACCUGGAGUACGCCUGUGGGAGUAACUUACACCUGGUAUCUGCUCGGUCAUGGGAUCACAAUGAAUUUUUUGCUCAGUUUGCUGGUGACCACACUAUGUUGUCCAAUGGAUAUUCAGUGAUAAUUGACAAACUGGCAGAAGGGCUUGAUAUUUGUCUAAACUCACCUGGUAAACAUGCCAUCUUGAUGUCUGUCAUUACUGGAGAUGCAGUGGCUGCCAUAAAAGAUCUGGAUGAUAAACAAGUAGUCAAACAGUGUCUAGUAGUACUCCGAGAACUAUUCAAAGAGCAGGAAGUUCCAGUCCCAGUAAAAUAUUUUGUCACACGGUGGGCAAAAGACCCAUGGGCACAAAUGGCUUAUAGUUUUGUUAAGACUGGUGGAAGUGGAGAAGCAUACGAUAUACUAGCUGAGGAUAUCCAAGGGAAAGUAUUCUUUGCUGGUGAGGCUACAAAUCGUCAUUUCCCUCAGACUGUCACAGGAGCCUACUUAAGUGGUGUUCGAGAAGCAAGCAAAAUCGCAGCCUUUUGAAACAAAGAAGUGGAAUGUGAAGACCUCAAUUUUAACUUGAAUUAAAGUGACAUUUUGUUCACAACAUUAUAAAUAAAUAUUUCAAAUUUUUUGCAGAAAAGCUUUUAAUUUUACCAUUUGGCACUUAACCAAAACUUCAUAACUAUCCAGCAUUGUUAUGGAUAACACUUUUUUUUUAAAGUGACAAUAACAAAUCUGUUUACCAGAAUUAUGGCAUUUAAUUUUCUCUUCAGAUGAUAAUUUUCUAUGGUUUAGAUAAUCUUUGUAUGAUAAGGUUUCUCUGCUGUAAGGCAGAGAAGCUAUUUUUUGUGUAUUUGUUUAAAAAGUUUUGUUCUAUUUAUUUUAGGUUAAAAUUAGUUUUAUAUAAGGAGCUAAGCUUAAGUUCAUGUAAAAAAAUAUUGUAAAUAGAUUAAAACUUUGAAUUUGUUUCACUCAUAACCAGGUGUUUGUUUAUUUUUCUUUUGCAGAAUCUGUAACUUGUUUGCAUAAAAAGCAUUUCUUUGAUUUUGAACUGUUAAAUUGGAUAUUGGCUCUGUAUAAUAAAGGUAUACAAUUGUA